AUGAUGCGCUUCUAUUGUCUUCUUGGCUUUCUUCUCAUUGUAACACUCAAUCUGACCUCAUCUACCCUUGGCAAAAGUGUCCCCAUGAGGUCGAAAUUCACUGAAGAUGUCGGUCCGUUGCGGCAAGAUGAGAAAUUUAGUGCUGUGAAGCGAAAUUAUGCAAAGUUUUUUGGACUCGAUGGCGGGUAUCAGCGAUUUCGACGAGAUCGGCAUUUUCCCGGCCUCGAAAAUUAUCAACGCAUACGCAGGCUUGACGAUGAGUAUCCCAACUACUAG